CUUAUUCCAGCAGCCAUUUUCUUGGUGUACCGGCACUGGGCACAGACGGGCAUAAAACGGAAGAGCUAGUAGCUUUUAACAUAACGACGAUCUUUCCUGCCGUCUCGCUCAUUAUUUUUUUAAGUACAUACAGCCCAACACAGGUUCUCAAUUCUAUUUACCUUUACCGGUUGGAGUUCUUGUCUCGUUCCUUUCUCGGUCUCCCGCCGUUUCACUCUUAACCACUCUAAGUAACGUUGAACCAGACAGUCAUUGUUGUUUAAUCACUGAUUCAAUCGUGGAAGGUGGAAGGUGAUUUUUUUUUGCAUCUGCAACCUAAGAUUUUUCUGUCAGCAGGUUAUGUAAUUUUUGUUCAAGGCUUGAAAUUUCUCAAGAUAUUUUUUUAUUUGAGGAGGAAUAAGUUAAGAUAAGCAGAAGAAAAGAAGAUUAAAGAUGAAACGGUUUGGUAAUAUCAGUACAAGUAGUUCAGGCUUUCCUCCACUGGUCAGUUGUAGGAGUAGGGACGUACUUGCUACUGAAUUAUUAGUUUGUGAGAUAUUGAGUAGAGUCCCUGUUAAAUCCAUCAUGAGUUGCAAGUGCGUAUGCAAAUCUUGGCAAUCCAUAAUUUGUAAGAGCCCAUACUUCAUUGAUUUACACUUCAGCCGAUCAAAAUCACGCACUAGUCUGGGUAAUGGUGGUGAUGUCUCCUUACUUAUCGAAUGGGUUAGAUAUGCUUGGGAAGGACCACGUUUGUUAUCAGCGGAAAUCCAACUGUCUGAAGGAGGAGGAGGAGCAACUGUGCAAGGGGAAAUACCUGUUCCCCAGUGUCCUGAAGGGCAUACAGUCAUUGUCGGUAUACUCAAUGGUUUGUUUUGUUUAGCAGAUAAUGAAGCAGACUGUGUAUGCGUAUUCAAUCCCAGCACCAGAAAAUCAACACCUUGGAUUAAGUCAGCAAUUAAACAACAGCAUGAAGAUGAAUCCGAGGAAAUACAAGUAAUAGAUGAAGAUGGUGAUCACGUGAUACAUGAGGUUACCUAUCACAAUUUUGGAUAUGCUUUCGGAUAUGAUCCUGCUACCGAAGAACACAAAGUGGUUGCUUUUUGGCAGAAAAAAACGAAAACCUGGCAUGGGACACGUUUUGACGCUGUUUGCGAGGUUUUGACCAUUUGUGGCCGAGAAGACAAAACCAAUAAUAGUUCAUCAUGCAGAAGGUUCCGCGAGGUCUCAGUCCCACCAAAAGUGGAUGCCCAGGAACUUAGUAAACCUCUUUAUGCAAGUGGUUCCAUAUACUGGUUGUACAAUGACUUGUUAUUAAAAAAGGAACCAUUUGUUCUCCAAUUUAAUGUUGGGACUGAAGGGUUUAGAAUGUUUUCUGUUCCUAAUUUCAUUGUGGGUGAAAUCCUCUAUCCUUGCCAUGGUCAUCUGAUUGAAGUCGAUGGUCAUCUAGCUGUGGUUGGUAAGAAGAAGGUAGAUAUGGAAUGUCAAAAGAAUAACAACACAUCAAUGAAGAUGUGUAUCCUUCAUGUUAACCAUGAUCAAGACAGAAGAAUGCAGAACGCAAAUACUGUGACAUGUAUGAGCAGGGUUGCAUGCAGCACCAGUACUGAUUAUUAUUGGAUCGAGGAGGCCUUCUUAAUGCCACCGCCUUCUGACUGGACACCGAUACUCCCUGAUGCUAUUCUAUCCAUUCCAGGGACUGAUUGGUUCAUCAUAAAAUCCUUUGAGAAAGGUGAUUUCGGUUUUUAUUUUUACAACUGGAGGACGAAGUAUUUCAGCUCGACUAAGACUGAAAUAGUUGGAAUGGCUUCACUCUUUCAAGAUACCACCCAACUCUCUUCGUCAUUUUUCGUUCUCCGCACCUACAGUGAAAGCCUCCUGCCUGUAGUUUAAGAGCAGCAUUACUUUCUCUUUCAUUCUGUACAAGGUUCAUUAUGCAUAUUUAGUUGAUAAUUUGACAAUUUUUGUUGUAUAGUUAAUGUUAGCUAAUCAUUUGGUAAUUCCCCAUUUCAAA